UGAAAAGGAGAGAAGUGGGAGGGAAGAGAAGGAAGCAUCAAGCAGCGAAAGAGUGUGUAGAAUCAGUCAAGUCUCGUUCUCUUCUUCCUCUGCCAAAGAUGAGUACCAUGAAAUUUUGCCGUGAAUGUAACAACAUUCUAUACCCUAAAGAAGACAGAGACGCUAAGAUACUUCUCUAUGCUUGCCGCAAUUGCGAUCACCAGGAGAAUGCUGAUAACUUCUGUGUGUAUAGAAAUGAAAUUCAUCACUCUGUUGGAGAGCGCACUCAAGUCUUGCAGGAUGUAGCUGCAGAUCCAACUCUUCCUCGUACCAAGGCUGUUCGCUGCGUUCAAUGCAACCACGGCGAAGCUGUCUUUUUCCAGGCAACUGCCAGAGGGGAGGAAGGAAUGACUCUCUUCUUCGUUUGCUGCAACCCAAACUGUGGACACCGUUGGAGAGACUGAGAUCUGUGGCUGCUCAAAUCAAGGUUUAACUGUUAAGGAAAUCUAACAUAUUUUGUAGUUAUAUGAAAACUUGGCAUGUGUGCUACCUGUUUUAACUGUAGUUGUUGACCCUGAAUUUUUUUUGAUUAGUUAAAAGGAAAA